AUGCAGUUAUCGCAAACGCAGAACGGCGCCUCCCCGAUCCUGCUCGCCAACAAAGUGGACAGGCUUGAGCACGAACUCGAGUCGACGUCCGAGCUGCUGCGCCAGGCGAACCGGGAGCUGGCUCGCCGCGAGGCCUCGCUCGCCCAGCUGGGACGCCACAACGAGCGGCUGCGGGGACGGGUGGCGCGGCUCGAGUCCGACGUGGCCGUGUACAGGGCGACCUCCUCCGCAGCCGCCGCCACGUCUUCCUCGUCGUCCGGCGAGGAAGACGCCGCGGCUGCGGACGCAGCGGUCGACGUUUCCGCCGACCCGAGGGCGACUCGUUGUUGCUCCGCGAGGGACAGGGAGCUCUUGCGAACCCUGGCCGGGAUCUACGACAAGAUAACCAGGACGGGGCCUCGCAAGAGCAGUUAUGCUGCUGGUGACGGUGAUAAGUGUGACGCGUUCGGCAAGAAUCAUCGACACGCGGGUCGUUCGCUUCCGGACGCCCACGUCCUGGAGCAAGUGUUCGCAAACUUCUGGCAGGAGUACCGCAGCCUGAGCGGUGAACUGGAAAGCUGCAAGCAGGUCGUGGCCAAUCAGGAGCUCAGGAUGCGAUACCUCGAAGCUCAGGUCGAUGCUGCCAACCGGAUCAAGACCAGCGAGUUCCUCGACGCUGACGUGCUGAAGAAGGCCGCGCAUAACGGUGCAGUGGGGGGAACGCGGGUGUUCGUUUCGGUGAAAACUGUGAUAUUGUGCUAAAUGGCGGUGGUGGUGAUGCUUGUUCGGCGCCCGCGGGCGGCUGCUGCACGGCCUUGGUGAACGUCGAGAGGCGAGUGGCGGAGGAGAGCCACCUGCUGGCGCGUCUCAGCCGGCUGCAACUGGACAACUCCAGGCUGGAGGUCCUCAACAGGGAGGCCCUGACGAGGGAAGCGGCCGUCAAGAAGGAACUGCAGAGGGUGCAGAACAAGCUGUCGAGCUUCAAGACGGACUUAGCUCGGGCUACAAAGAAAAUCCUGGGCCGAGAAUCGAGUUGCACGUUUCCAGCCGAGGUGUCGCUACGGAUCCUGCUGGAGGAGUUGGUGUCCCUGCGGCAACAAAAUGGCCGACUUCAGAUGGCACGCGAACAAGAGGACCAUCAAUCCCAGCAGCAACACAAGCA